AUGACCGUGGAUCGAGCUGUAGCCCUGGCGCUGGCUGUCUGCUGGUUGUCGCUGGAGGUUGGAGUUUUUUCUGCGGUUGUGGAAGUUUCUUGCUUGGCUUUUUUCCUUCGGUGGCGGAGUCGGACCGUCGAGGAUAAAGAGACCUCCAGUAGAGUGGACAGCGACCUCAAGCAAGAAAGACAGCGACCUCAGACAGCGAGACAGAGAAAGAAGAGGAUAAAGACAAGGACUGGCGAGACUGAGAAGAAGAGAAAAAGCUAUAAGACGCCUGAGACGGGAGCUGAAGCUGCAGUUAUCGAAGCCAGCGAAGCCAGCAGAGACACCCCGCGAGACACUGCGAGAGACACCGCGAGAGCUACAGAAGACAGCGAAGAAGAUACCGAAAGGAAAAGAAGAGAAGAGAGAAAGACACAGAAAAUGGCAGAGGAAGACGCGCCGUUCACGUUCCACGUCAAGUCGUCCGCAGAGCCCAAGUUCAGCCUGACGCUGAAGCCGUCGUCGACCGUCGCUGAGAUCAAGCAGAUCCUCGCCGGCGAGGAGUACGCAAACGUCCCGCCAGAGCGCCAGCGGCUGAUCUACUCGGGGCGCGUUCUCAAGGACACCGAUACCCUCGCCGCGCACAAGGUCAAGGAGGGCCAUACCAUCCACCUGGUCAAGAGCUCUGCGCCCGCCGGCAGCAGCAGCAGCGCCAGUGGCAGCGCCAACACCACCGCAGCCAGCGGCAGCGGCAGCAACACCACAGCCAGCAGUGCGGCAGGCAGAGGCGCCCAGAGCACGCCGUCCGGGGCCGCUGGAGUGCCGACCAACCUCGCAGCUGGGACGGGGAACUCGAUGCUGGCUGGCCUGACGGGGGCCAGAUACGCAGGCUUCUCUCAGCUGCCUGGCGCGGGCAUGUUUGGCCCUGACGGAGGGAUGGGACCUCUGCCCGAUACUGACCAGAUCCUGAGCAUGAUGGAGAACCCUCAGUUCCAGUCGACCAUGAACGAAGCCCUCCAGAACCCCCAGAUCAUCGACAUGAUGAUACAACAGAACCCCAUGCUACGGGAUGUGCCCAACGCCCGCCAGAUACUGCAGUCGCCAGAGUUCCGGCGCAUGCUCACAGACCCCAAUAUGCUGCGGUACAUGACCCAGAUGCAGAGAGCCAUGGGCCAGGGCGGCGGCGGUGGACAGUCUGCUUUCCCUGCCCCCGGAGUCACCAACACCACACAGCGGGAUGCCAGCAGUCAAGAUAACUCCACCACCAGCAGCAGCAACAACAACAACAACAACAACCAGACCCAACCUCAGAUGCCUCCCUUUAACCCUUUCCUCGCCAUGCCCGGCGCCGGUGGAAACCCCUUUUCGUUCCUGGCCGGCAUGCAGCAGCCUCCCGCUGGUGCAGCCUCGGGAGACGCAGGUACAGCAGGACCCAACACCACCAACAACAGCGGCAGUAGCAACAGCAACAGCAACCAGCAGCAGCAGCAGCAGCAGCACCAGCCAAACCCCUUCGCCUCUCUGUUCAACCCAGCACUGCUCGGUCAACUGCCAAACGCAGACGGUCAGCCCGGCCAACCGAUUCCGAACCCCUUCAUGCAGAACCCAGCUCUCUUCUCUCAGCUCAUGCAAGCCAUGGGCGGCGGUCCUGGAGCAGACGCAAACUCCAGCGCCAACCCCAACCCCAACGCCAGCAAUCCCCUACUACAUUCCCUCUUCGGCGGGCAGCCUCCACAGCCGCCUGACAACCGUCCCCCAGAGGAGCGGUACGCCGAGCAGCUUCGGCAGCUCAACGACAUGGGCUUCUUCGAGUUUGACAGGAACAUCGAGGCCCUGAGACGGUCCGGCGGCAGCGUCCAGGGAGCCAUCGAGUAUCUGCUCAACUCCCCGUGA